GAGUAGAAGAGCCGAAUACAUCUGAUUGUGCUCCUGAUACUGACAAGGAGGGUACGGUUACGGACCCAGAUGUAGUACCUGAAAACUUCCAAACUCCCAUGCGUGCUGGCGCUUCAUCUGCAACACGAGGCACUCCGGGAUCUACGCCUUCUCCUAUCAAGAAGCGAAAGGUGAUGAAAGAGAUCGUGAAAGUGAAGCCACGAAAUAUCAACUUCACACAAGGCUCCAUCCGGACUCGUUUUCACGAUGGCCGUUCGAUUUACCAGACACUCAACGAGUUGGAUCGCGGUGUGACGAGCGUAGGAGACAUCCCGAAAAUCUGGGUGAUUAGGAACGAACGCGAUGGCAGCCUCUGGUCUCUGAAUAACCGACGUUUGUUCACUUUCAAGCAAUUUUGCCCAGACCAGGAAAUCGAAAUUUGUCUGCUCCAGGACCCGGCGUAUUGCGUGG